AUGGAGCAGCCCUGUUCACUUACACAAAAUGUAUUCCCAACCUUAUUAAGAACUGGACAUCUGGAGUCGGACACCGUCCAGGAGGAAUUCCUGGAGUUGCUGGAGAUCCUGCUGUCCCGUGCUCGCACCUACGUCUCCUCGCUGGCUGCCAUGGAGGAGUUCCACGUCAGCCUCUCGCAGUGUGUGGUGCUGCGCUACCACUGGAUCCAGCCCUUUGUCCGCUCCCUCCGGGAGCGCCUGGCCUCUUUCCACAGGUUCUUCUGCGUGGCUGACCAAGUGAAGGUUUACACCAACCAGAACAAAACGAGGACCUUUAUUGGCUUGGAGGUCUCUACUGGACAUUUCCAGCUGCUGGAGCUGGUCUCAGAGGUGGACCGAGUUCUGGAGGAAUUUAACCUUCCCACAUUCUACAAGGACCCGUCAUUCCAUAUCAGCUUGGCCUGGUGUGUCGGGGACCUGUCUGGCCAACUGGAAGGGCAGUGUCUGCGGGAGCUACAGGACAUCGUGGAUGGGUUUGAGGACUCAGCGCUUCUGCUGCGUGUCCAAUGGGAACAAAUCCGCUGCAAGUCAGGGAACAAAUACUUCUCCUUCCCCUUGAGGUAG